AACACGUGAAUGCAGCACACGUCAGUUCACGUCUCAUAGACAGUAAAACGCGAUUAGUUUUAACACUUAAGUAAAUUAUUCGACGUCAACAGACUAAACAUUUAAAAUAUAUAGUUUUGCAGGUUUAAUGAGUAACACUCUGCCGUACAGGUGAAGGAACUGUUGUAGGAAGUUGUACUGCGCAUAAACAAAACCAUCGUUAACCUGCUUUACUUAUGGAGGCUGUUUUGAACUGCAAACGAGAGGACUUGGAGGAUUAUUACGGUUUAUUGGGCUGCGAUGAAUUGUCAACGACCGAACAGAUUAUGAGCGAAUACAAGAUUCGUGCCAUGAUGUGUCACCCAGACAAACAUUUAGACAACCCAGGUGCAGUGGCAGAUUUUCAGAAGCUCCAAGAAGCCAAAGAAGUACUGUGCAAUGAAGCCAGAAGAAAAAACUAUGACCAGUGGUCAAGAAGUGGUGUUACUAUUCCUUUCCAUGAAUGGCAUGCCUUGAAAGACUCUGUCAAAACUUCAAUGCAUUGGGCUGUAAGAACAAAGAAGGAACCAAUGCUGGAGGCACCAAAGGCAGAAAACGGGGAAUCCUCUUUAACAGAGAAUCUACACUGUAAACAGGAGAGUACAGAGAUCUCUUCGUUUGAUGCCACGUCAUUGUCAAGUGACUACUGCCAUCGACGUUUCCGUUGGGCUGCGGACUCUCCAUCCAGUCUCUUGCAGAAGUUCAGAAAUUAUGAAAUCUGAAUACAAUAACAAACCAGAGUUGUUCGAAUGUUUGUGUUUUAUGUUGUUUGGCUCUCAUGGUCUAUAACAUGCCUUAUCUGUGGAAUAGAGUUACAAUGAAAUUAUUUAAUUUAUAUAUGUAUUUGGUAGUCAUGUUGUUAUUUUUAUGAGCAUAGCAGUUGUAGUGAUGUUGUAUUCACAAUGACUUACCAUGUGAUGCAAAUGUCAGUGUUGUGUGUCUUGUUUUUCAGACAGGUCUGUUUACAGUGUGAAAAUAAACUGAUUCUUUCUGUGUACGUUAUUUACUUGUGUAUAGUGUCAAUAUUGUCAGUAAUAAAGAAAAAAAAUCAA